CUCAAAUCACACAAUGAAUUAGUAUUUUUGUGUGCGGAUUUUUUCACGUGGACAAUAUAGGAGAAUAUUUCCCGCGGUCAUGACAUGGACACUCGAAUAUUCCUGAACUACUGCAGGAGGUCUGUUCAAUAAUCAAUAACAAACGAGACACUAAAUUGCUGGAUGACAAUUCACACGUUUGAAAAGGAACCACACACAUCCACAAUCAUGACAUCUUGACAUGCCGAUCCUGACACUUUUCUAAAUUUUAUUUCAUCGAUUAACCUUAUGGAUCAGCAUUCAUAAAAACCCACCAAUCUAAAUAUCUGGAGAUUUCUAAUAGUAAACUGUAUUUCCUGCGUUCCUUGUCCAUUUAUCUAGCAGUUACGUCAUUUCCUGUAACACGGUUUUUCAAGUUCGUUCCGUGUAAGAUCCUACAACGAUCAACCUUCCGCCAAUAACCAUCACCAGAGCAUUAGAAGUGGCAAGGCCAUGAGAAGGGCGGCCAAGAAAGCGAUUAUCAACGCAAAAGAUAGCCAUAAUCUUCUUGGCUUGCUGAUAUUUGACGAGAAGUUGGUUUACGAACAGUUUCGCAAGCUCAUAGACGCACGAGCUGCAGCUUCACUCUCGCUCCUUAAAUGGGCAAAGGACGAGGACAAUCAAGCCCUGCGAGAAGUAUUUGGGAAGGUGUUUGAAGUCAGUUCUAUAUGGACUACAUCGAUAAAGAAAUUUUCAGAUGAGUACUGGAAAUACAGAGUUAGAUUCAAAGAGAUUCUUCGUGAAGAGAGAGAUGUUGAUGAUCUUAGAAAAAAAGAAAUUAAUUAUGCAACAAGACUCAAUAAACUACAAAAACAGUUGGAUCAGACAAAACGAAGAAGUGGAGAUCUUUCUAAAUCAAAGCCAUUACUCGAAGAGAUGACUGAGAUUCUAACGAAGGCCGAGGAGGCUCACGCGGAACUUGAGGUCAAGGUCACCAAGCAUGAAAUCUACAAGGCGAGAAAGCUUCGCGAAGGGCUCCAUGCCGUAUCUGAGAGCAUCCAGACUCUUGCCGAACACACGCUCGCGGUCAGCGGAACUUACCGGAAGCUGGCAGAGCUGAUUCCCGACACACCAACACAGCUCUCAGAGGAUAAGAUGUUUGCAGGCCGUGGAAUAUCUAGACAACUCGUUUCAGAACUCGCAAAUGAUCUAAACAUAAAACCAGGCUCCGGUUUUAUUAUUCCAUCAAGCGAAGACGAUUUAGAGAAGACUUACCUGUACGCUGUGUCUAGGGUCAAAGAAGGCAGUGCCUCACCGACCACGCCCAUUUCUCCAGUGAGUCCUAAGGACAGGUCACCUCCUAUCCCACUCCCUCGCAAGAAAGGCAGAAAGAUAAGCGCCGAGAACUUGACGAGUCAGAAUUUCGCCCGACCCAUCUCCAUGGAUGAGCUACGGCCACCGCCCUCCUGCCCCCCUCCCCCCGUCCCACCGCAGAAACCACGACGUCGCGACAAAAAUGACCGCCCGUCCCCUCCUACGCGAAGGCAUGUUGCAGCUCUCGAAACGCAACAUUUUGGGCGACCGCAUUCGCUAAAUGAUCUCUCGGUAUCGCCAUGCAAAGCUAGACAGAACUCGCCUAAAGGAGCUCGUAGAGUCAGGCUUAAUUCAAUGGAUAACAUUGCAGAAAUGGGAUCCAAAUCUAGUGGGAAAAUAUGGUACGCGAGAUCAGGACCGAUAGAGGAAUCAGACAGCGAGGACAGCGAUGGAUACACUGAGCCGAGAACACCACCUUUUAACAGACGCCCUCUUCCUGUCGUACCCAGGUCACCUAUCGCGCGUGUGGCCAAUAACGAUCAAGUAUCGGACGAGCGCCCGCGGGACGAUUCUGUUCAGCGGCAGGUUUCUGAGAGAGCAAGUGAAGGGGGGUACGAUAAUUCGGAUAACCCUUACCAGUCCCUUCACCGCGCUGAAGGGAAUGUCCCGGAUGGGAAAACAGCUCCUGAAUACUUAGAGCUCUUAAAUGACUCCAUGCAAUGUUGAGCGGAAAUGGUCUUGGUUUAAAUAUGCUCCUUUGUUUCUUUUGGAGUAUGAAAUUUUAGGCCCUGUUGGACUUCCUGUCAAAUUUCAAGUCUCUCCGUCUACGAAGUUUGCUUCAAACAACAGUUAUAUCUCUAGUUAACAAGCUGCUUUGGGAAACACUUGCCUGCUUGCGAGGCUUCUAACGAAUCUUUAGAUAAAAGUCAAAGGCGUUUUGAGAAAA